AUGAAGGGCUUCCUGCGCUCCUUUGGCAGCCGCCGCUCCAGCCCCAGCGACGGUGACGGCGAGCAGGACCAUGCCGAUGACUCGCCCGAGGCCAUUCUGCUGCGCGAAAUGAAAACAUUUUGCGAAGCCAGCAGCGCCCCGCAGACUCAGGAUGUUAACCACCUCUCUUGCCCUCUCCAGCAAGGAAAUGAAUUUGUCCACCUCCCGCGCAUCGUCGAGACCGCCGAAUCGAGCCCCGCCGCCGCCAAAGAAGCCGCGCAUCGCAUCCGCAAAUACCUCUCCAACCCGGGCAGCACCCCAAACCACGUGCAAUACAAUGCGAUUAUGCUCAUGCGCAUCUUGGCUGAUAACCCGGGCCAUACAUUCACGCGCAACUUCGACUCCAAGUUCUGCACUACUAUCAAAGAGCUGCUGCGCCAUGGGCGCGACUGGCAUGUGCAGCACUACCUGCGCCAGUACCUAGCCCAGCUUGAGGCAAACCGGCACUGGGAUGAGGAUUUGCAGCUGUUGCUGCAGAUGUGGGCCAAGGAGAAGACGAAGGGUGAACGAUCUUUUGUCGAUCGAUAUCCCACGGCAUCUGCAACACAGCAAUAUAGCCCCAUGGCGCCAUACCCAGUCCCGCAUCGCAUGGGCCAAUCUGCGCCGAACCGAACACUUCCGGAGCCGGGCGAGCUGGCCGCGCGCGUGGAGGAGGCAAAGAACUCGGCCAAGCUAUUGAUGCAAUUUGUCCAGACGACGCCGCAGGCCGAAUUGGAGGAGAACGAGCUUAUCAAGGAGUUUAUCGACCGGUGUCGGACCUCGUCGCGCUUCCUUCAGGGUUAUAUCCACUCGACCAAUCCGGCUCCGGAUGAGGAGACCCUCCUCACCCUGAUCGAGACUAACGACGAGAUCUCGGUCGCCCUGUCACAGCAGCAGCGCGCUAUGCUCAAGGCUCGCAAGGCUCGCGGGUCUUCCACCCCCGCCUCCAAUGUCAACAGUCCGUCUCCAUCGAGCAGCGAGGCCGUAGCAUCGGGCGGUGCCGGUGCAAGCCCUGCUGCCCCCGAACCGAUUUCCCCGGCAGCACCGACACCGCGCGAAUCAAGAAGCCCGGAGCAGCAAUCUACGCCGGUGCACGAGCUUUCCUCCGCCAUGUCUACCGGCCGACCGACCGCAUCCCGCACCACCACCGAGCAGUACGAGUAUAACUCCACCGACUUCGAGGUGCAGAACCCCUUCGCGGAUGACUUCGCCACGGGCGACUCCAACGUGGAGCGGAACGGGCAACAUGCCACACCGACGGAUACCUCCACCGCUGGACGUGUGCGCUUCCAGCCUACCGAGUAA